AUGAAGGGAGACAUGGAUCUCUCUGUGUUGCCCAAUAACAACCAUCCUGACAAAUUCCUGCAGCUUGACGUGAAGUCUUUCAUGAGGAGCUCAGCCCUUCUUCAGGCCAGCCUGGCGAGGUUUCCAGGUGCGAGUCACCCUGCAGCACAGCACUGGCAAAACCUCGUCUACUCACAGAGAGAAAAAAAGAAUAUUCCUGCUCAACGAAGUAGGGGAUCCAGUACGGAGGGUCUUGUCACCACUGAUAGCCCCCCACCGUCCAUGUCACCAGUUAUGAAGAAUAACCCGCUAUAUGGUGACAUAAGUUUGGAGGAAGCUAUAGAAGAAAGAAAAAAGAAUCCUUCAUGGACCAUUGAGGAAUAUGACAAGCAUUCCCUGCACACAAACCUCUCUGGACAUCUGAAGGAAAAUCCUAAUGACCUACGGUUUUGGUUGGGAGACAUGUACACGCCAGGUUUUGACACCUUGUUGAAAAAGGAAAAGAAACAAGAGAAGCAAUCAAAAUUCUGUCGUAUGGGUCUGAUUUUACUCCUCGUUACCUCCAUCUUGGUUACCAUAGUGACUAUUAGCACUUUUUUCACCUAA